AUGCCUCGGCCUCCGCUCGGCCUUCAGUGUAGCGGUCACGCUUGGCCUCCAGUGUUAUCAGUGCUCGGCCUCCAGGGUCACGGCCUCCAGUGUAGGUCAGGCCUCCACGCUCGGCCUCCAGUAGUAGGCUUCACGCUCGGACCGCCUUCCAGUAGCCCACCCGGUAUAGACUGGAGUCAGUGGUGGACGUAUGAUGGAAUCUCAGGACCACGUUUUUGGGGCGUCAUCAACCCAGCUUGGGGUAUGUGUAGGGAGGGUCGUCGGCAAUCUCCCAUCAACGUUGACCCCAAGACCCUCCUCUUCGACCCCAACCUCACCCCCUUCACCCUGGAUAAGGUCACGGUGGGCGGCGAGCUGGUCAACACGGGGCACAGCGUGGAGUGGAGGGCGGCCCCAGACGUUCCCCACACUGUGAACGUGUCAGGCGGCCCCCUCAGCUACGCCUACACCGUCACCCACGCCAGGCUACACUUCGGUGAGAGAGACCAACAGGGUUCUGAGCACCUCCUGGACAACAAGGCCUUCCCUGCCGAGCUUCAGCUCUACGGGUACAACUCUCAGCUCUACAGAAACUUCAGUCAAGCUUCGGGUCAGGUGUACGGUGUAGUUGGCAUCGCACUACUUAUACAGCUGGGCGAGAGGAUGACCCCUGAGUUGAGAGUCCUACUGGAGGGCCUCGACACUAUCACCUACGGCGGUAAGUCCUUUAGGAGGGGCGUAAAGGACUAGAGGGCGUGUGUGGCG